AUUGGGAGCUGUACAAUAAACGAAUCAUAAAAAGUUUCAAAAAUAGGUAAGAAGCAUUCAUUAGGGUUUGCAAAUACCCACGGGCACGAGCAUUGAGCCCCCAAAGACGCGAUCCAUUAAUAUUCAUUUAUCCACCCUUUUCCUUUUCCAUUCAACUUUCCACUCUCCUCCAUUUUUAUAUUCCCUCAGAAAAAUGUCAAACAAAUCCCCCAUUUUCCCUAUUGUUGAACCUCAACACUUCAGUGACUAUGGCUUCGACCCUCAAAUACAUUAUUUUCAGAUUUUGGAAGAAGCAAGAAAACACAGAAUCAGAGAAACUGCAAGGUCAUCCAUAGAUACACUUCAUUUCAAGCUCCAAAAACCCAUCUCAAAAGAUGAAUCAUCAAAGAAGAUCAAAAAGAACAGUAGCCGUAAAAGGUGGUGGAGAAAUGCUCUGCUUUUCUUCAAGAGGACCAAAUCCAACAGUGACAAAAUCUCCGGCGCCGACGGUUAUCUUGACGAUGACGGUGAAGUUCAUCACCGGCGACCUAAUCUCCGAGGAUCGAUAUCUGGGCCAGUUUAUAUUACUGAGAGUAGAAGUGGGUCGAGCACGCCUUAUCGCACUACCAGCCGGCCGUCCUCUGGUCCGCUCGCCGGAACUUUGACUCCUCACCGGAAAGGUGAUUUGGAGAUCCCGUACAUUAACCUCAGGGAGUUUAACAUGGACCAUCAUAGGAUCUCCACAGCCUCAGCUAUGCCAAUAUAUUUGGUCACGUGAACAGAGCACUAUUUAAUUAAUUAAUUUUAAUUUUAAGUGUUACUGCUUAUUAAUCUCAUUAUCCUAAUUUAGGCCUUUAUUAGGUUUCCAAAUUAGAAAGGUGAUGACCCCUUUAGUCUUUAAUUAAAAGGGUAUCUUUUUUUCCUUUUGCUCUUAGGAUGGUGUGCAACUUCCAAUGAUCCUUUUAUGUAAAAGUGCUUUAUUGAUGGCAUGAAAUAACUUUGUUU